UCGCAAGCCGCAGUUGCAUGCAGACAUGGAUACCAACAACAAGACAGCUUUCAUUUCUACCAACACGGAGGAAGAAAAAGAAAAAAUAAUGGAAAAUGUUGGCAUUACUUUCGACGAGAUUUACUGCAGAGGUAGUUCAUUAGUGGAAUGGACAUACGUCCAACCCCAUCUUCCUAACGUCAGGGAGAACUACUAUAAGUACUCUGGAUUCGCUGGCAAGUUGUGGUUCAGGAUGAAGAUGAGCAUGGCACGGGCCAAGAAUAAAAUCGACACGUACUACACGAUGAAAGCUCUAGCUCCGGAGUAUUUGCUGAACAGAGACCCGGCCAAUCAGCAGCUCAGAGCUUCCAUGGCGCACUUGCAUAUAGCGCCGAUGCCGAUGCUGACAGACCGCCUGACCAGGGUGUACGCAAUAAAGUUCGUGGACCGCGAGUUUUCGCCGCACAUGUUAACGGACUGGAAUAAGUACGUGUUGAUGUUGGGCGACGUGCAGCAGUGGGACGACCUCAGCCUCGCCGAGGAGGUGGUCGUCGACAUGGCCAACCUGACGCUCAAGCAAGUCGUCGUUUUGACGCCACCAGUGGUCAAGAAGCUAGUCAAAUGCUACCUGGACGUACUCCUCUUCAAGCCACUCAGCAUGCAUUUUGUGAACGCGCCUUCAUUCGCAGAAGCGGUCUUUACCUUGGUGAAGUCACUGUUGAAACCAAAAAUUGCGGACAGGAUAUUCGUUCACACCGAAAAAGGUUACGAGAAACUGCAUGAACACAUAUCUCCAAAAUACUUGCCCAAGGAUUUUGACGGAGAAGGACCAGAGUUGAAAGAUAUGCACAAUGCUUGGUUGCAGAAGAUCGACUCCUAUAGAGAGUGGUUUCUGGAGAAUGAUAGCUACGUCGUGCGGGAGGAACUGAGACAAGGCACGCCCAUCUCCUAUAGUGACGUCUUCGGCAUGAAAGUUCCAGCGACGACGGACAGCAUGACGUCACAUGGCGAGUCGGAGCGUUGAGACGGCAUUGGCACGAUCUACUUCCGGCGGGCGACUGCCCUCGGCUGUCGUAAUCAGGCGCUCAUAUACGCGUCUUGAGCAGCAAUCGAGACGGCCUAGAACAUUCUACUACGAGCUUCUGGUUACUCGCGACAAUGGCGCUCUUGCGAUGAUGUCAUAUCUGUUGAAGUUAUUGGAACCUUUUUUCCAUCACUGUGGCACUUUUUUCUUGGGUGCGCGACGGGCUGCCUAUACCACAGGCUUCCAGAGAUUUGCACGUUGCCUACACCACAGGCUUCGACAUCGUUAAAGCAGCAACUAACGUCACAGUGAGGGACAUUCAAGCAAGUUAAAGGAAGAUUAACUUUACGCCAUAACAAGAAUUUUUAAAAUCCAAAUAAUUUUUUACCAACACAUGGAACACUUGCAGCAUCUGUGAUACGAAACAUGUGAUUAUGGAACCCUACAGGUGAAAGAGAAUUUUUUUUUAUUGUGCAUGCUAAAUUUAAAAAAAGUUUUUUUUUAUUGUACAUGCUAAAUUUAAAAAAAAAGUAAAGCAGUGUCGUAUCCAUGGCGAUGGUUAAAAAACUAAUUUAUUUCUUUUUUAAUAUACACAGAUUUAAAUCCCAAUUAGUUUGAAAUUGAAAAAUACAACAGAAAUUAUUAAUGUAUAAAUAAACUUUUUGUAAAAUACGUCGGUGUUAAAAAUUGUAACCAAAUAAAUGGGUGUUUGAAUUAAAUUAAUAAGAUAUGCUUGAAUUAAAAUUCGCUAACAUUUUCGUAAAAUCAAAGUCAUUGUGAAAUUGUGUCAUAAAUGCACACACACAAUUCUUUGAUAAAAUAACUGGAAAGAACAAUAAAAUAUUUCUAGGAAA